AUGGAGCCAAUGUCCAACAAGCAGGAUAGUAACUCAUCAGAAGGAGAGGAGAAAGGGUGGCCAGAUGUGCCGAAGAGAAAGAGUAAGAACAGCCAAUGUUCGGUGAAGAGCGUGUCUGCUCUUAGUGUCUCUGUUCCAGGGUACAUCCCCAGCUACCUUGAGAAGGAUGAGCCAUGCGUGGUGUGUGGGGACAAAGCGACCGGCUACCACUACCGCUGCAUUACCUGCGAGGGUUGUAAGGGCUUCUUCCGCAGGACCAUCCAGAAAAACCUCCAUCCAGCUUACUCCUGUAAAUAUGAAUGCUGCUGCAUCAUUGACAAGAUCACCCGCAACCAGUGCCAGCUAUGCCGCUUUAAGAAGUGCAUCGCUGUGGGCAUGGCCAUGGACUUGGUGUUGGACGACUCAAAGCGCGUGGCCAAGCGGCGUCUGAUCGAGGAGAAUCGUCAGAAAAGAAGGAGAGAGGAGAUCUUGCGGACGCUGCAGACAAGAAUGGAGCCAAACACGGCAGAGUGGGAGCUGAUCAAGAUGGUAACCGAGGCCCACCGGCAAACCAAUGCCCAGGGCACUUGCUGGAAACAGAAGCGCAAGUUCCUGUCGGAUGACAUCGGCCAGAGUCCGAUGUUGCCAACUUCCGAAGGAGAUAAGGUGGACCUGGAAGCCUUCAGCGAGUUUACCAAGAUCAUGACCCCUGCCAUCACGCGCGUUGUCGAUUUUGCCAAGAAAUUGCCCAUGUUUUCAGAGCUGCUUUGUGAAGACCAAAUCAUCCUGCUGAAAGGCUGCUGCAUGGAGAUCAUGUCGUUGCGGGCCGCCGUGCGCUACGAUCCGGACAGCGAGACGCUGACACUCAGUGGCGAGAUGGCCGUGAAGCGUGAGCAGCUGAAGAACGGCGGAUUGGGAGUUGUGUCAGACGCCAUCUUUGAUUUGGGAAAGAGCCUGGCUCAGUUUAACCUGGAUGACUCGGAGGUGGCUCUGAUGCAGGCCGUGCUGCUCAUGAGCUCAGACCGGUCAGGGCUGACAAGUACGGAAAAGAUAGAGCAGUGCCAAGAGGCCUACCUGUUGGCGUUUGAGCACUACAUCAACUACCGCAAGCACAACAUUCCCCACUUCUGGCCCAAACUGCUGAUGAAGGUGACAGACCUGCGCAUGAUCGGAGCUUGCCACGCCAGCCGCUUCCUCCAUAUGAAGGUGGAGUGUCCCAACGAACUCUUUCCCCCACUCUUCCUGGAGGUCUUUGAGGAUCAGGAAGUGUAACUCAAAGAACGUUACGCAAAACGUUAUGGGAAACGACACGCCACAUGCUGGUGAAAUGACACGCUACAUGCCAGGGAACAAGAACAGUGAAAGGACACGCCACACUGCUGGGACAUGAUCCCCGGUCUCCGGGGUGAAAGUCCUGUGUUGUUUGACCCAUUCACCACCCUAACCAACCUCCUUACACAGAUUUUUGGCAUUUGAUAAUACAUGCUACCGUAGUUGUGUUGUGACCACAAAACAUGCUUCCCAUUUAAAUACAUUACUUUAAAAAUUGUCCUCACCAACACAAAAAAAUGUGUCAUUGUACACGAUUUCAUAGAUUAAAUAAUGUGACUAUUUCACGAAUUGCCGUGAGACCGGGUUGUGUGAACGCACAGUCCAAACAUAUGCAAACACAAAUCUCGUCCGUUAACUCCUCUGGCACCUCUGCUGUACUCUAUGCCUACACAAUUGCAAACGGAGGGGCUUGUUUAUGUCUCUACAUCCUCAACACCUACCUUACACCUCAAAAUAGUGUUUUUUGUUGUUUUGGGCCCUGACCUUUACCUCUUCAGACAACCCCCCUCCCACUGCCAUCUCCCAAGCAAUGCCGCAACUACAAGGUCGCCCUCUGUCCACCCCUUGCAGCCCUGCCCACAGUCAGCCAAAGCCCUGUGAGUGUUUGCCAACCUACCUCCCCCCCCCACAAAGCACGCUCUUACCUCAUAUGUUGUAAAAUGUUUUUCCACAUUAUUGAGUGGGUGGUGGUAGUAUAUUGAGAGAACAUGCACCUCAUGCACCUCUAUGCCAGAAGUUACAGUGGGAACACUUGGUAUGAAGCCCUUAUCUACAGCGUAUAAUACAUACCUGCGUGACACAAAUUUGUGAUGUUAAUCAUUAACUGUUGACCGACAAUAAGAAUUUUGAUCAAUUAAUACUAGUUAGUUAAACCAGUGGUUAAACCAGUGGUUCUCAACCUGGGGGUCAGAAUCCCCAAGGGGGUUACGAGAUAAUUUCUGGGGGUCGCCAGGUGGUUGGGGAGUAACAAAAAGACACAUUUUAGACUGGGGAAUAAUUUUUACAUAAAUCUGUGAAGUUUGGUACAUUUCUUCUGUCAUAUCCAGAGAUUCAUUUGUAAAUCAGGAGGGCCUGAGACACAGGGUGCUGUCAGGUCAGGGGGAGAGAAAAACUCACAAACGCAUCAUUAAUCCAGCACAUUGGACAAGACUAGGUGUUAGCUUACAAAAAAAUGAUAACUAAACUAAAACUAAACUGUCGGUUUGCAAAGCUAACUAAAAUAUUAUCGAGUAAGUGUCAUUAGUUUUCAUCUUUGUCAAUGUCUUUCAUAGAGCAAAUAACGUUAUAUCUUUCCGACCAUAACAUUUCCCGUAGACAUGUAUAGUUUCUGACUGGGAACCCAGAAAUUCCAACAUUCCAUGUUAAAUUGAACACAACAUAGUCCUCUCCGUGCCAUGCUCAUAGACAGUUAAAGAUGUGGACCAACAGAUCCUGUGGUUCUGAACGGAGACCAGUGAAGAAAAUAGAAGCACUUUUCCGGUGAUGGCUGAGCACAGUAACGUGCAGCCUCCAGCUGAGCUUGACGACGUAGAUGUGAUGUGGGCAACCUGUAUUAAAUUUGUAAGUCUUCUGGUAGCUGUGCCAAGAGAAAUCUCAAUCAUUCCCAAUCAGCAGAGACAGAGAGCGUAGGUAUAUGUUAGGAGAUAACAUAGCCACAGGCUAAUUACCGCUAACUAAUAUGCUAGUUAACGUUAGUAAUUAAACCUAAACAGCUGAUUUAAGUUUAAAUUGUCUGAAAGCAUCUCCUGGCAAUACGGUGAUUUGUCAACUAUGCAUCAAUCCUAUUUUCACAAAAACGUUUGUUACGGAGCCAUAACGUGAGGUACAAGGUAAUGGAGCCUUUGAUACAUGGUUGUGUUUCUUUAGAAAUAAACAAUGGACAAAUAGAAUUUUGAAACGCUUCUGAUGGAAAGUUAUUUACUGUCAAAUUGGUGCCAAAAUGAAUGGCAGUCAGUGGGAGGCUAACUGCAGAUGAUGGCUUUGUAGAGUUAAAAUGGCGCCAUGGGAGCUACGCUUAGAGAGGAGAGGCUUACACCCUUGGCCAUGCUCCGUGCCCCUUGACUGGCAUCAUGGACCGAAAGUCAGAAGAAAGCUGCAGAGUCCUAUGUGAUAAGGACUGUGUCAGAUAAAAGCAAGUGCCUUGCAGUGUAAGGUGGUAAAAUAUGUGGACAGUUUAUUACAUGGAAACAUCCCACAAAUUUGAAAGUAGCCUACAUUUGAGAAACAAACACAAGGAGGCUAACCUAGCUUACGUUAACAAGAUCAAGGAGAACGUCAAGCCCCCUUUCCCCGAAACAGAAGCUAACCCCGGUAAUGUUAUGGGCAUGGAUGUAUUGAUACAGGGCCAGCAGCAUGACGGGGACAACAGCAGGACAGAGAACACUACAGGCGGGCUUUCCCCGACGACCAACAGUGGGAGGGAACUUGGGUUACUACGUGGAUUAAUACUGGGAUGUCUACACAACUGUGUGAGUUCAAAAAGUUCUCCACUUUAAUCGAACCAAAGUUCUUUGUUAGUCUGUUGGCGGUUUAGGUUUCUCUCCUGGAACACGUCAAACACAUUCUGCACUUACUGCUGCGUUUUGUAUUGACUGUUUACAUAUCUGUGCUCAUCAUCUACAUUGUUGAAUACAUUGUAAAUACAUUUUUCCAAAAUUAUAUGAUGUUUUCGUUUUGCUGUUAGGCUACACAAUACUUUUUCUGACCAUUUUUAAUCCCCUGACAAAUAACCCAUUUUACAAAAAGAUUAAAACUAAUAAAAACUAAACUAAAACUAACUAACUAAACUAGCAAACCCAGUUUAAAAACUAAUUAAAACUAAACUGAAUUUGAAAACAAAAAGUCAAAACAAAAUAAAAUAAAAACUAAUGAAAAAUGCAAAACUAUAAUAACCAUGGUCUGCAGCUGACCGAUUAGAAAGUAUGUCAGAGACAGUUAACUAUUAAUGAUCUGCUGUCAAGGCUCAACUAGCAUCCCUAGACACAUUGUAAACAGCUCCAGAGUAACCCAGUGUUGCCAGUCUUUGUGCUAUGUCGAGCGCGUCCUCUGAGGACUGUAUGUCUUUUUUUAUCAUGUCAAAAUUUCAGUUCCUGCAAUACAUUGGUUUGUGACAGAAUGCCAUCAAAACAUGCUAACAUGCUAAACUAAGAUGGUUAGCAUAGCAAAGUUCACUUGCUAAACUUAAGCAAGUUAAUCAAUAUGAUUCUAUUGACAACAGAUGAAUAUCACCUUAUACCUUUUCAUGCAAAAUGGGUGUGUAAAGUGAUGUAGCUACAGGCCACAUAGGAAGUGUUCCCACUACUGUUAUUCUUUUAUUGCACAGUGUCAUUGACUGUAUAUACACAUAAACACUGACAAGUAAUCUAGAGUUAGUAUACCUCUCCAACAAAAACGUAUUGUUUUCAUUACCUCUCUCUCACACACACACACACACAUUACACCCAGUUGUGUUUUAAUGUAUUACCUCAGUUGUUUUAUUCCUCAUCUCUUUCUCCUCCUUAAUGACAACUGGGCCACACUACAUUUCCUGUCUGUGUGUGUGUGUGUGUGUGUCUGUGUGUGUGAGAAUGUUAUUACGUCUUCGCAUUGGAGCCCCUGUCCUGUUAAUCCUACUGUAGCCGGCCUCCUCACCUUCCACCAUCUUGUGAUAGGUUCAUCACUGGCAGACGGAGGUGGUGCUGGUGGUAGGAGGGGGUGUUGACACUUACCUCUGCAGGCCCUACCCCACCCUCACCUGUACCUGCUUGAAACCAAUUCUACCUCACCUGUCAUCAUCUCAGUACAGCCGCCCCUCUGUCUACAACACACUAGCAAUGUUUCCAUCCAGACGUUUUUAUCCAAAUUAAGUGAUAUUGAAUCAAAAAUGCCUUGUGGAAGGAAAUACGUUUGGUCUCAUCGGAUUUUAUCUUGAUCGAAGUACGGCUUAUGCGAUAAACGCUGAUGGAAACUUUAUUUGCCAAUUAAAUAAUGAAUUGCGAUUAGGUUUUAGGUCAUUUUAUGGUUGCAACCCACCACAAAACAAGGAAGAAGUUUUAGUUAAUUUCCACCCAGUAUUUUCGCUGUCUGCACACAUGGCGGGUGUCAACAAAGACAGAUGGAAGUGGACAAACGAGGAGACAAGAGAAAUUUUGAAUUUAAUUUAUUAGGAACUCGCGAAGGAAAUGGCCGACAAAGUUUAGGACAAGCCGUGGGACGUUCUCCGGAGUAAAUGGAAGGCGCUCAAACAGCAAGACAUGUGUCAAAAAACUGUUGUCUCGCAGCAGUGCCGGAGGGACAAUAAAAGGCAAGUUGCAUCUGCAUCAUCAUAGCGAUGUGUUGAUAGUGUAAUUGUCUUAUUAUAGCUUGAUAUGUUGCUAUCAGCUGGCACAUAAGCACUACAACUAGUACAAUAUUGAUCAAUUAUUGGUAGACGGCGCAAUCUAUUUUGUCUAGAAAAAGUUUGUUCGCAAAAGUUUGAAUGUUGUGCGAUUCAGUGCGAAAAUGAAUGGAAGCACCCUUAACACACUUAAAAUGUGUAAAAUCAAUUUAAUAU